GGAGGGCCAGGAUGGACUGGAAGUGUGCCUCCAGCAGCAUUUAUAAACAUGGCCCCUUUACACACCUAGGGGUCAUUGUUUACAUCCAUCCAUACGUGCCAUUUCUGCCUGUAUGUUUCUGACAGUAUGGCAGAGCUGUAGACGGCAGAGAAACAAACAUCUCACCGCUGGUUUUUCUUCCACUUCUGCUCCUCAGUGUUCACCUUGAGGCUUGAGGUCACCUGCUCUGGAGAGAAGACCACAUCUGAACGGAGACCUUGUAGAAAAUAAUUCCUGUUUAGAUCUUUCAAAACCAGCUGCCAUCAUUUCUCCUCCAGCAGCCAUGUACAGCUCCAGCUACUCCCGGACCAAGUUUGGCCUGGAGGCCAGGGAGCCCCUGCACAGGCCCAGAGGGAAGAGCUGCGGCUACUACAUGAGGAUCCUCUUCUUCUUUUCCUCCCUGAUCCAGUCUCUGAUCAUCGUCAGCCUGGUGCUCUUCCUCGUCUAUGGACAGCCAGAGAAGUCUGCAGAGGAGAAGAGGGUCGAGGAGCUGGAGCGGAGCUUCAACAGGCUGAGUGAGAACAACAUCCAGCUGAGAAAGGAAAAAGGCGAGCUGGGAACUCAGCUGGGAGCUCGCACAGCUGAGAAAGCUGCUCUGGAGACGGAGCUGGCGAAGCUGAAGACUGAUGCCAACAACACAGAACAUACACUGAAAAAUAAAUUGGCUAACUGUGAGAGAAUGAGUGCAGUAACACUCAGCAUGAUGACGCGUCGUCCCACUCCUCCCAUCCAGUCCCCUCCUGUGGUCACUACCAGCGGUGAAAUGAAGACUUUGCAGACCCUAAACGCUCAACAGAAAGCCAUGAUAAACCUCAUCGAUGCAAACUUCACCCAGAUGGUUCAGUUCCUGAGCCAGGACAGAGACAGCGCCCUGAAAGACCGAGACACACAUCACCAGGAUGCUAUCGCCCAGCGCAGGGAGAACACCAUGCUGAAGGAGCAGCUCACCACCUACACCAGGAAGUGCAAAGAGGACUUUGCUCAGUCUUUGGACGGGAUACAAAUGGUGACCAGCGAUUUCCUGAACAAGAUCAACAACCUGUUUCCCAACCAGCUGACCUUUCACCUCACCUGCGUCAGCCAGCAGGAGCAGAUGGAGAAGAUCAGAAACAGCUGCACCAACCUGUCCAGAGACGUGGAGAAUAAGUUCCAGCUGUACUUGGACAACGUGGGCAACAAGGUGGCCGAGAUCCAAGCCAAGUCCAGUCGUCUGGAAGUGCAAAACUCACAUUUGACUUCUGACCGGCAGCAGUGUGAACGCGUUCGCGGUGAGACGGUCGCCGAGGCCGCCAUGCAGCUACAGCUCAAGCAGAAGACCCAUGAUGACCAGGUGGAGAAAUUACUGAUUGAGCAGAACCGGUUGAGAGACCAGAAGAAGCUGAAGGAAGACAGUUUGGCCCUGAGAGACCGAGAGCUUCUGACCCUCCAGCGAAUGCUCAAUGCUCAGCCCAAUUUCAAGGCCAAUGUUCCUAAAGCUGCCAGCCAACAGGCCUCUAUCGGAGCACCUGUCAUCAGCAAAACUCCAACGGUGAGAUGAAAUGAACUGGUAAAAACUGAAGGCACAAGGGGUGCGCCACAGUGAUCAACAUUUUGCCUUUAAAGAAUUCUCAAUGGUCAUGUAUUUAUUCCUGAUUCAACACAACCUGUAAAUACAUUUGAGUCCAUAUAGAGUGCUGCAGGAAUGAGUCCUAGAACCCAGACAUGAGUUAGCAUUUUAGCACUUCCGGUUCCCUCGUCUGGAAGUUAAUGGGUUUUUUGAAUGGGUUCUUAGAUUCUAACAUCUGGGUUAGCCUACAAAAAUACGUCAUCCCUGCAGCACUCUAUUAAUGACAUAUUUACUGUUGGUCUGUGCAUGCUUUGUUUAGCUCUACAUGGAGUAGAACAGUCAUUUGUGUUUGAGUUUAAACAUCUGCUGUGAAAAGCCUUGGUAUCUUCCAAGGUAAAUGUACAAAUUUCCAUGACACUGGUGUAAAUAUUUUCUAUUGUGUGUCACUCAAUGUGAAUUCUGUAGUAACAAAAAUAUUACAUUUGUAAUUAAAAUUAAAUAAACCAAAAACUGACUCACUCCUGAA